AUGGUAAGAUCGCGGCCGUUUGAAAACAGCGCCCCACAUUCUGAGUGGCGGGAUGCCCUUGAUGAAGAAGGCAUAGAUGUGCUCCUGGUGGAGCGCGCGGCGGACAUGGACGCCCUCGAUGCCUCAGAACUGCCUCAUAUUGCGCUGCUGAACCUCUCGACGCUGUCCAUCACUGCCGUCAAGGCCUUCAUCGAGCGGUGUGACUCGCUGAAGCUGCCCGUCAUUGCGCUGGUCUCGCCAGAUAUGCUCCUAGACUUCGACCUGCGGCUUGGCGUGAGCGACUUCGUGGUCAGCCCGCCUGAUACGGACGAAAUAGUUACGCGCGUCAAGCUCACGCUGCACCGCAACCGCCACGAGGACGGCGACGAAGUAAUACGCGCCGGCAGCCUCGUCAUCAAUCCGUCCACCUACGAGGUAUCCCUGCGGGGCAAGCGCGUCAAUCUGCGCUUCAAGGAGUACGAGCUGCUGCGGCUUCUGGCGACGAAUCCGGGACGCGUGUAUUCGCGGGAGGCGCUGCUCAGCAGCAUCUGGGGAUACGACUACUUCGGCGGCACGCGCACGGUGGAUGUGCAUAUACGGCGGCUCAGAAGCAAGAUCGAGACGCGGAGCAUCCGUAUAUCGAGACAAUCUGGAAUGUGGGCUACCGCUUCAGGGAUUUCAGUCAACAGGGAUAAUCGGACGCCGACAUCGAUAUGCAGGAUGGGAAGGAUAGUUAGGGGUGUUGCAUCCUGA